CACGGAAGACUAAGAAUCCGUGCCGGGGAGAUCAGCUGGGAAUGAGGCGCUGGCAGUGUCGGUGGUGCUGGGGUGGAGGGGAUGAGGACUUCCUCGCGUGUGAAGCGGAGAGUGUGCCCCCCGACCCACACCAACCCCUUCCUCGCCUCCCAGCAGCCCCCCAAACUCAAGGGACACCCCGGCUUCCAACCCACCCGACCCCUCCGCAAGCCCCACCCUGGCGGCCCGGCAGACCCCUGGAGCCCCCUCCAAGAGGAGCGGGGAAGACCCGGCCACUUACCGGCGCAGGCAGGAGCCGCUGGCAGGGAGGCGGGCGGCGGGCACCGGGGAAGCCUCAGCCGCCUCCUCAGGCUCGGCGCUGCGGGGCGUCGCAGCAGCAGCAGCAACAGACUCAGUCAGACGGCUGCGCCAUGAUGGAAUGCAGACUCCCGCACAUGCGCACUGCUGCCGCCGCCGCCGCCGCUGCCGAGGAACCGAAGAGGGGACACGCGCGUCGAACCAGAGUGGGAAUCGGUGCGAUCGGGCUCGCCAACCACACUGCGGUCUCGAGUGCCCUCGUCUCCGAGAUGUUAAUGAAGCUGACCCUGAAAUAUGCUAUCUGAAACACUCACUGCCUCUUUACCA